AUGGCUCACAGAGUGUUAUUGGGCAAGGUGUGUUUAGUAACAGGUGCUACUAGAGGUAUUGGAAAAGGUAUUGCUCUACAACUGGCUGAGGCAGGAGCCACUGUCUAUAUCACUGAGGUGGUGUAUGUAUACCAAUACAGUGUGAUCAUAGUAAAGAUGAUGAAGUUAGGACAAUUAUUUGAUAAGAUAAAAAGAGAACAGAAUGGUCAAGGGGACGUUUUAGUUAACAAUGCCUAUUCUGCUGUUANUGCAAUAUUUGACAAUCUGGGGAAGAAAUUUUGGGAGUUAGAACCUGACAUGUGGGAUAUCUCCAAUAAUGUUGGAUUGAGGAACCACUAUGUGUGUUCUGUCUAUGCCUCGAGAAUGAUGACAGAGAGAAAGAAAGGGUUAAUUGUAAACAUCUCCUCUGCUGGGGGAUUAAAAUAUUUAUUCAAUGUUCCGUAUGGUGUGGGAAAAGCUGCUGUAGAUCGAAUGGCUGCUGAUUGCGGAGAAGAAUUAAAGAAAUUUAAUGUAGCUUAUAUCAGUCUAUGGCCGGGUGCCGUUCAAACAGAACUGAUUACACAAAUCAUGAAAACAAAUAAACGGGAAAAACAUAUGCAGCUAGCCAGAGUGUUUGAAAAUGGUGAAACUCCAGAAUUCGCAGGAAAAUGUGUUGUUUAUUUAGCAAACGACCCUGAUAUUAUGAAGAAGACAGGUCGUGUUGUUAUGACCCCUGAUUUAGGUCUUGAGUACAGUUUUACAGAUAUUGAUGGUAGGUAG